AUGAUGCCAACCUUCGGUGAUCUCAAUCAUUUGGUUUCUGCUACGAUGUCUGGUGUGACUACUUGUCUUCGAUUUCCAGGUCGACUAAAUGCUGAUUUACGUAAAUUGGCUGUCAAUAUGGUACCAUUUCCUCGUCUUCAUUUCUUUCUGUCUGGCUUUGCUUCACUUGCUUCAUGUAGUUCACAACAAUAUCGUGCAUUAACAGUACCUGAACUCACGCAACAAAUGUUCGAUGCAAGGAACAUCAUGGCUGCUUGUGAUCUUCGUCACGGUCGUUACUUGACUGUAGCUGCCAUUUUUCGUGGUCAAAUGUCUAUGAAAGUAGUUGAAGAGCAAAUGUUGAAUGUAUAG